AAGGCUUUAGAAGCUUUACAGAAAAAUGUGGACACUUCUCUUUUUAAUUGGUUUUUUAAGUCAGACGUUUGCUGAUGAGAUUGAUGACAGUCAAGAGGAGAUGGAAUGCUUCUCUUUGCAAGAGGAUAGAUGUCCCAAUGCCAACAUUACCUUUUGGAUGUACACGAAUGGACAUCCCCGUGGAUUUGAAAUUUCACAGAACAAUAUACCGAGGCAUGAAUUUGAACCCCAAAAACGGCUGAAGGUUUUGAUCCAUGGAUUCAAUGGCAAUCGCGAUUUUACUCCUAACGCUCAGUUGCGAUCGAAGUUUACCGACUUGGACAUAAAUGUGAUAUCUGUGGAGUACAAAAAACUGGCCCGUGAACCCUGUUAUUCGGAGGCAGUGGAUAAUGCAAAGAUCGUGGGUAAAUGCCUUGCCGCACUGCUGUGGGAGUUGCUCGAGAACGAGUUGGUAAGGAAUGAGGAUCUGCAUCUGAUCGGCUUCGGUUUGGGAGCCCAUGUGGCUGGGUUCACUGGAUCCGAAGUACCCUAUAAAAAACUGGAACACAUAACGGCCCUCGAUCCGGCAAAACCGCUUUUCCUGGGACUAGAUGCGGCCAGAAAACUCGAUCCCACGGAUGCAAACUUCGUGGAUGUCUUGCACACGGAUGUCCUCAUGCAUGGUUUACUGGAUCCCCAGGGUCACGUGGACUUUUACAUAAACAUGGGGCUAACUCAGCCCAACUGUGGACCGAUCUCAAAGAUGGAAACCCACUUGUGCUAUCAUAACCGAUCCGCGGAUUACUAUGCAGAGUCCAUCUCAACAGCUGAAGGUUUCAUCGGCUUCUUCUGUCCCAACUUCAAAAGCUUUGCCACAGGAGAUUGUAAACCGACAAACAAUAUAGAGUUAAUGGGUUAUUACGUCAGAUCGGAAGCCAGGGGAAGAUACUUUCUGGGCACCAACAAAGUGCCACCUUACGCCAUGGGGCUAAACUAUGAAAACCUCGAUCGCCAAGUGAAAGGUCGCACCUUCUUAAACGAUGAGCUUAUGGAGACGAUUUUUAAAAAGAAAAGUUCCUAGCUAAUAACUGAAGUAAAAAUUAAAAAAGGUAGUAUACCUCAUAAGAAGUGUACCUUAAAAACUGAAUAAAACUAUUUGAAAAUAA